ACAACAAAUCCCUUCUACAUACCCUUCCACCAUGAAGACAACGGGGGUCAUCUCUCCGGCCACCACCUUCCACCACCGCUCUUCUUUGGUGGCCACUUCUCAUUGUCUUCCUCCGUCCACCAGAAGUGUACCUCUUAGAAACAACAAUUUCCAAUGCAAAGCCGUAUCAAAGUCGCGUAUACAAGAGUACUAUGAUGCACUUCACAAGAACGGGGCUCCAUUAAUCAACUGGGACGAUGACAACGUGGGAGAUCACAUCGACACAAAUAAGAUUUUGUAUCCAAAUGACGAGAUUAAAUGGCUUAUUGAGACAAUUAAAGCAAUGUUCGGUUCGAUGAAUGAUGGAGAAAUAAGUGUGUCGGCAUAUGAUACGGCUUGGGUUGCACUCGUGCAAGAUGUUAAUUGUGGUGAUUCCCCCCAGUUUCCAUCAAGUUUGGAGUGGAUCGCGAAUAAUCAACUGCCUGAUGGGUCGUGGGGGGACCGUGUACUGUUUUUAGCUCAUGAUAGGAUCAUUAAUACGCUAGCUUGCGUUAUCACGCUAACUUCUUGGAACGUUCAUUCUAGUAAAUGUGAAAAAGGAGUGAAAUUUCUUAAAGAAAACUUACGUAAACUUGAAGACGAGAAUGAGGAACAUAUGCCGAUCGGUUUUGAAGUAGCGCUCCCUUCGCUUAUAGACAUCGCAAGGAAGCUAAAAAUUGAAAUCCCAAAUGAUACUCCUGCCUUGAAAGAAAUCUAUGCGCGACAAAAACUAAAGCUCACAACGAUACCGAUGGAAGUAGUACACAAAGUUCCCACAAGUUUACUUUAUAGUUUGGAAGGAAUGGCAGAUUUGGAGUGGGAAAAACUUCUAAAAUUGCAAUGUAAAGAUGGGUCAUUUCUCUUUUCUCCAUCAUCUACUGCUUUUGCACUCAUGAAUACAAAAGAUGAAAAGUGUCUUCAAUAUCUAACAAAUAUUGUUACCAAAUUCAACGGUGGAGUUCCAAAUGUCUACCCAGUGGAUCUUUUCGAGCAUAUUUGGGUAGUUGAUCGGCUUCAACGACUUGGUAUUUCUCGUUAUUUUGAGUCCGAGAUUAAGGAUUGUGUUGAAUAUAUCUAUAAGUAUUGGACAAAGAAUGGGAUUUGUUGGGCGAAAAACGCGAAUGUACAAGAUAUUGAUGAUACCGCAAUGGGAUUUAGGGUGUUAAGAAUGCAUGGUUAUGAAAUUACUCCAGAUGUAUUUCGACAAUUUGAGAAAGAUGGUCAAUUCGUAUGCUUUGCUGGCCAAUCAACGCAAGCAGUUACCGGGAUGUUCGAUUUGUAUAGGGCUUCUCAAGUGCUCUUCCCCGGAGAAAAAAUUCUUGAAGAUGCCAAGAAGUUUUCAUAUGAUUAUUUGAAGAAAAAACAGUUGAAAAACGAGCUACUUGAUAAAUGGAUCAUCGCGAAAGACUUGCCCGGCGAGGUUGGAUACGCGAUUAACAUACCAUGGUAUGCAAGCUUACCUCGACUCGAGACUAGAUAUUACUUAGAGCAGUAUGGGGGCGAGGAUGAUGUUUGGAUUGGGAAAACCCUAUACAGAUGGUAUCAUAAGUCUGGCAUCGAAAAGUUUGAGACUAGCAAUAUUACAAGCCUUUUGGUCUCAUACUACUUAGCUGUAGCCAGCAUAUUCGAGCCAGAAAGGUCUGCGGAGCGAAUCGCAUGGACCAAAACCGCCAUAUUAGUCCAAACCAUCUCCUCAUAUUUCGACUCGUCACAGCUCUCAAAUGAGGACAGAACAGCUUUUCUUGAUGAAUUUAGAAACAGAUCGUCUUUCAAACAACAUUUCAAAAAUGAACCAUGGUACGAGGUUAUGGUUGCACUACAAAAAACUCUACAUGAGCUUGCUUUGGACGCACUCAUGGCUCACAGUCAAAACAUCCACCCACAACUCCACCAUGCUUGGGAGAUGUGGUUGACAAAGUGGCACGAUGGGGUAGAGGUGACAGGAGAUGCGGAAUUGAUGGUACGAACGAUAAACAUGACCGCUGGCCGAUGGGUAUCGAAAGAGCUCAUAAUUCAUCCUCAAUAUCAACGACUCUCAACUGUCACUGAUAACAUUUGUCUUGAAUUAUCUAAGUUCCAUAACUCCAAGGAGAACUGCACCACAUGUGACAAUAAUGGGGCUAGAAAUUACACUAUGAUAGAUUUGGAAAUGCAAGAGCUGGUGCAACUUGUAUUGUGCGACUCACCCGAUGGUCUUGAACAGGAUCUGAAGCAGACGUUCCUAAGUGUCGCAAGAACCAUGUACUACCAGGCGUGCUGUGACCCAAAGACGAUAAAUGCCCAUAUCUCUAAAGUAUUUGAGAUUGUAAUUUGACUGCAUUUGUAAUCCCAUAUUUACUAGUAUAAUAAAAGAAAUAUGGUUUACGGUUUAGAAA